GCUUCUUUGGGUACAAGAAUGUGACCCGGAUCCCAGCAGGCGCGAGGCACAUCAAGGUGACGGAUCGCAGCCGCAACUAUCUGGCUCUGAUGAACGCCAACCAGCGUUACGUCAUCAAUGGGGACUGGGCCAUUGACUGGCCGGGCGUGUACGAAGUGGCAGGCACCAAAGUGCACUAUGCUCGGACGGCUGACGUGCAUGAGAGCUUUGAAGCCACUGGCCCCACCCAGGAAGACUUGUCUGUGAUGGUUCUCUUCCAGGAGCACAACUCUGGCAUCGAAUACCAGUUCUGGCUGCCGAGGGAGCAGUUCCACCAUGUCCAGAGCGACGCUAGCCCCCUGCGCCAGCAACAGACCAGGGAAGUGGAGGGAAACCCAGAGGGGGAACCCCGACAUUUCCCACAAGCCACAACAACCCCACCUGUUCAAAAGGUUGGGGGUGCAGCCAAGAAGACAUCGCAAGAGGCACCCAUGUCUACGCCAGCAAGGACACCCAACCAGCUAGGGAGAUGCAGACGUUGUGAAACACCAAAAGGGAAAUCCCAGCGCAUUCAGCAUUACUGCCAGAGUGAUUUUGUAUUCCGCGCGCAAAUCCUGGCCAAGCACUACAUUGGCCUGGAGACCCGCUACGACGUCCAGGUUUUGCACACCUACCGCAACCGCUUCGUUAUUGGGCGCCGGGAAUUUGUCUGGGUCUCCAACACCUGCGACUGCCCCCUGCUGGUGGAGCGGCGUGAGUACGUCCUGAUGGCCCGCCAACACGUCAACUACGAGCACACCCUCAACCGCAUCCUGCUGCAGCGCAGCAGCUACGCCCGGCCCUGGUCGCCACGGGAGGACUUGCAGCUGCGGGACGUGGGCAAACACUGUCAGCCCAGCAGGGUGCUCUGAAGGGAUUGGGAGCCUCUGGAGCCUCCUUUGGGGGCAGGGGGAAGCCGUCCUGGGACAACCACCAUCUGGAAGAACAUAGAGCUCGGAAGGGAGCAAGCCCCUGGCCAGUCCCCCCAUCAAACUGUGCUGUGUAAAGGGGCCACGGGUCUGGAAUUUUGACCCUUGUCAACUUUAUGCGUGACGCAACUGCUGUGAGACCCUUCCCCUCUGCCCUUGGACUGUCUGCCUUAUCAGUCAGCACGAGUGUGACUUUGAGAGAAGGGAGAGUCUCUAUCUCAAGCACAUGCCAUUUGCCAAGUGAUUUGCAGGAGGGGUGGCGUUCCCAGGGCCAGGUCGGAGAUGCCGGUGGCUGUCUGCCCAGUUUCAACCCUCUCCCCAGCCCCAACCCCAUCGACCACUUUAUCCUAUUAGGGAAACCCAAAAUGAUCCUGUGGUUGGGAUGCCUGUCUAAGAUGAAAGGCGAAAAGGUUUGGGGCUUCCCUUCUUAAAAACAAGUUGACAGUGUGGUGCGGGAGGGAGAUGAAAGAAGGUAGUAACAUUAUGCACGGGAUGGAGAAAGUAGUCAGGGAGAAUUUUUUCCUUUCGCAAAAUUAACAUAAGGAGCAUCCACUGAAGAUGACGGGCAAUAGAUUCAGGGCAGACAAAAGGAAGUCGCUCUUCACUCGCUGCAUAAUUCACUUGUGGAACUCACUGCCCCGGGAUGUUGGUGAUGGCCAUGAGCGGCUUCAUAAGAGGGUUAGACAAAUUCAAAGAGGAGGCGAGGCCCGUCAGUGACCUCCAUGUUCGGAGACAGUGUUACCUUCCAAAUCAUAAAGGGGGGGGGGGACAGUAGGCAAGAUUGAUUUCGUUCCAUUCCCUUAUUGUGGGCUUUCCAUUGUGGCUUCUGUUUGGCCACUGUGAGAAGCCAGGUGGUGGAUUACAUGGCAACUGCGGUCUGAUCCUGCAGAUCUGCUGUUUCUAAAGGUAAAUAUCGGGAAGAUUCUUCCCAUCUGGCCGGAUCUUUUGCUUCUGGAGAAACAGCUAUGUCUUUCUAGCACCGUAGCCUUUUUACAAGUGCCACAGUGAAAGCCUGGGAGACCUCCCUUGUGAAUACAGUUCCGACAAGGCUGAGAGCAGCUCUUUGCAAGUCUUCCCAAAGCCUUUUAAUUCAAGGUCCAGAUUCACACAAGGAGGGAGAAUGCAGGGAAGGUGGGGGGAAUCACCCCAAGCCCAUUUAAUCUGCACAUGAAAAUGGCCUGCAGCUGUCAUCAUGUUAACGAGUUGCAGAAAUGUUAAGAACAAAAUGUGUGUGAUGCCUUUUUCAUAGGAACAACCAAAAUAUCACAAAACCAAGUGCAUUACAAAACAGUGUGUGAGUUUUCAGUUUCUCUAGAUCUCUCUGUCAGGCUUGAUGUUUAGCCUCCCCU